AUGCUGGUAUGGGGUAUUCUAUGGCUUCUGCUGGCUUCAUGCAUGGGUCAUGAAGCUGCAGACCCGUGGUACACUAUCGAGCAGAACUUAAAGAACUUACCGAAGAAGCCCGAUCCUAUAUUGUCAUCAGCACAAGAGAUAGAUCCAUACCUUGAUCCAGUGUCCGAUGGUAUUAAAAUUUCUCUGCCUAUGGACUAUUACGAAAGGGAGCAAGAACGAAUCUAUGACAAGUUUUGGAAGGGAGCCAGUGAACUGCAGCAAGAGGUGUAUGCCCAAUUGAAAACGUCGAGCGCGGAGUUCAACAACAGUGAAGCUACUUAUCUUCUCGCUCAAAUACAUUUAAUUGGAGAAUAUGGCUAUCCGCACAACAAAACAUUAGCAUACUAUUACCUUAACAGAUUCAAUGAGAUGACGAACUUCACAAACGCUACUGUCCUUUUUGAAUUGGCAGUAAUGCAUUCGACGGGCCUAUUCGGUACAAUACCGAUUGAUAGCUCGAAGGCACUUAUUUAUUAUCACUUGGCUUCUGGGUUGGGCGAUGUGAGAGCAAAAAUGGCCCUUGCGUACCGUUACCAAAAUGGCGUCAAUGCUCCUCGCGAUUGUGAUAAGGCACUUUUCCUCUAUAGCGAGAUUGCUCAAAAACUGAGAAGCAGUUACAGCGAUCAAGAGUGGGACAUUGUUUCACCUUUUUUAGAAUCUUAUGAUGUGCGUAUAUGUGAUUUUACAGGAGGACUGCUAAGCAAGGGCCUGAGCAGUACGAGGUUAUCGACUGUCCGAAAGAGGGCUCUCAGACCUGAUAUCACUUCCUCAGUGUUGACCAAUUUGCAAGGGGGACGAAUUAUUCUACAGUUCGGUGGUGGUGGCGGUAGUGGGUUUGUCGGAGGUGAUGAUGAGGAGGAAGAAAACGGACUCAUGAACAUCUACUAUACUGCGCUUGACAAUUACCAGGGCACAUACACUCAAAGAAGAAAUAUGACUGUAGCCAUGCAGUUACUCAACAUGACAUAUGCACAGUUUGAUAAUGAUAUUCGAUACAUGGCUGAUUUGGAUCGUUUUUUUUACGGAAAAUGUUUAGGAUUAUUGGGCCAUAUGUACUUUAGAGGUGAAGGAGUUGAAAUGCCAAAUAUUACUCUUGCUGAGCAACUUUUAGAAAGAGCUAUUGAAAUAACUGAAGUCUCGGAUAAUUUCAGAAGUGCUGCGCAUGCUGAUUUGGGGCUCAUUAAUCAGUACAUUUAUGGAAAUUUGACAGAAGCCAUUAAGCAUUACAACAGGAUGGUGGAUUUGGCAAGCUCCGAUGGCACUGCAGAAUUUCAACUCUCUAAAAUCUAUGCAGGUGUUAAUGGGCACUCAGGGGAAGAGCGUUUGGCUGUAGAAGAUCCGCUAUUCUUGAUGCGGAGAGCCGCGCAUAAAGGAUUUACUCCAGCCAUCUACGAAUUGGCCUCAAUGGCAGAAAAAGGAAUAACUGGAAGAGUGACAUGCGAGGAACUAACGAGUAUUUACAAGACAUUUAUUGAGGAGAAUGAUGAAAUAGUAGCACCUAGUCUGAAGGAGGGGUUCAUAGCUUUGCUGCGUCAAGAAACGGAAGUGGCCUUGUGGGAAUAUGCUAAAGCUGCCGAGCAAGGUUACGAGGUAGCACAAACGAAUGUGGCGUAUCUUUUAUACCAACCACCUCUUCAAUUACAGGAGCCUCCCAUCAUUCCAGAGGCAAGAAGAAACAUGGCACUUGCAUAUUAUACGAGAUCUUUCAUGCAGUCUAAUGCUGAUGCCGGUGUUAUUGCAGGUGAUAUUUACUACGAAAUCGGUGAGUAUUCCCGUGCUGUCGCACUCUACCAAACCGCAGCAAUGAAGAUUUCUGUUCAAGCCAUGUGGAACUUGGGUUAUAUGUAUGAGCAUGGCCUAGGUGUUGAACAAGAUUUUCACCUAGCGAAGAGGCAUUAUGAGCAGGUUCUGGAGCACAACCAUAAGCUAUAUUUUGGAGUAAGAUUGACAAUUUUGAAACUCAAGGCGAAGUCCUGGUUUAUUUGGUUAACUGGAGGUAAAGUAAAUUACUGGAAAACGUCAACCGAUCCACACCAUGUUGCAUCAGCCAGCUCGUCCUGGUUUUCGAGGCUUUUGAAAACAUUUAGAGAAGCCGGUAGAGAAAACUCAGGUCAUCCCGAAAAUGAAAGCAUUCGCCCAGAUCAAAACUCGAGUGGAAGCAUCCUUGAUACUCUUCAGUCGUGGGGCGUUCACGCUGAAGACCUCAUAACAAUAGGCUUUGUGCUGUUGUUUUUUAUUAUGAGCUUUGCCCUUAGGACCGUAGCUUUAAGAAGAGGCUGGGCUGUAAGGGUAAACGGUGUACCAUUGCAACCCCAACAGCAAGGUCAACAAGGCGGAGUGGAUAUUCAGUUCUUUGCAAUUUGA